AAGGUUCACCCGUAUAUAUAUGAAUACAAAAGCUGUUUGUAUACGUACAAAACCUAUUUAGACUUUGUGCAACAACAUCUGUUUUAUUUAUUUUGUUAGCGAAAAUAAAACCCAUAUGAAUAUAUAUGUUUUUUUUUGUCUAAAAGUAGUAAAAAAUAAGACAGAUCUAUUCUCAAAAAUUCUUUGAACUUAACGUAUUUUGACGACGCAUGAUUCAGUCGGCAUAUAUUGUUGAAAAAUGAAAAGUUUUAUUUUAUCUAUUUUAUUUCGUUCUACACAAUUGUAUUUCUUUUUAUCUGUUAUUUUGAAUCAACUAUCGUCGGUCACAUUUGACUGAUGAUGUCUUUUGAAUAAAGACGAAACGUUUAACAAAAAAUAGUCUAUUUUCAUGCUUAUAAAGGUGGUUUAUCUCUUAUUAUCUGCAUUUUUUUUGCCAGAAAAGAGAAUGAAAUGCUGCAGAGUAGAAAAGUAUUCUUUAAAAAACCCAGAAUUUUUCUACGAAACCCUCUUUCUACCGAACCUUUAGAGGUUUCGAAUUCGUUUCAAAAGUAUAAACCUUUAAAGGUUCUGGGAGGAACCAUUUUUUUUUAGAGAGUAGGUGCUGGGAAAAAUUUUGAAAUCUUUGGUUUGCAAUUGUUUCGUGAAUUAUCAAAAACAACAAAAGAAAAUAUCUUCAUAUCACCAGCAAGUAUAUCAAUGGCAUUAUCAAUGGCUACGUUGGGUGCUUCACAACGAACAUUAAGCCAAUUAUUACAAGUAUUAAAUGUAACAUCGAUUGAUGAUAUAAAUUGUAGAUCAGCAUCAAUAUUAUCAACAACAGCAAGAAUGGCUGAUGAUAAAAUAAUACAAAUACAUUUAGCCAAUCGAAUAUAUAUUGAAGAACAAUUCCAUCUACGAGAAGAGUUUAUUGAACGGUUGGAGGAAAUUUAUUUAACAACAAUUAAAUCAGUUCGUUUUAGUAGUAAAACACAAACUAUUAAGGAAGUUAAUCACUGGAUUGAAGAACAAACCAAUAAACUGAUUAAGAAUAUGUUAAACGAACGAAGUAUUGAUCGAGAUACGGUUAUGGUUAUCAUUAAUUGUAUCUAUUUCAAAGUCGCAGGAGUUUCAGGUACGCUCUAAAACAAAUCACAAAUAAAAGCUUAAAUAUUUGAAAAAUGAAUCAAUUACACCGUUACAGCGAUGAAUUAAGACUUUCUAGGAAGAGGUAAUGGCAAUUUUAAGAGUUAAGUAAAGGAAUUUUAAGAGCUGAUCACCGGUAUGAGGGCGGGAUAGUGAUAAGAGCAGAUGGUUAAUAAUUUAAGAGUAAAUGAAUAAUUCAAGACAUAUCACAAAAGAGCAUGGUACUUUUAAGAGGUCCUAAGAAGAGGUGGUGGUAAAGUUAAGAGAUUCUAAGAGUUAUCUGCAGGAGACGGCUUUGAACUUAAAAAUGUUUUAAGAAGAGAGGCGGACGUUUUCAGCUUUUUUAAGGGGGUU